AUGGCAGAGUACAACAGGAUACUAGAUGCGCAAGAAAAGGCUAGGAAGGAUGAACUAGAGGCUCGUGUUGCCCGACAGAAAGCUCUGAUGGAAACUAUGCAAGAUACGGUGGUGAAGGAGCAGAAUGCUAAGGCGAAUGAGAUGGAGGACAGAGCGGAUAGGCAGCUGGCUGAGGCCAACGCUAGAGCUGAGGAGAGAGAGAGGUUGAAGGAAGAGAGGCUAAGGGAGAUCCGGCAGGAGACGCAGGAGUAUUGGGAGGCCCCGGGGAUCGAACCUGGGUCGUUGGCUUAUGAGUUGUGGUAG